AUGACCUUCAUAUGGUUUUCGGAUUUCAAAGAUGAUACACCUAAAGACUUCUAUGGAAGAAAACAAUGCACGAUUUUAGCUUUAGACGCUCGAAGGUUUCCCAAACCAGAAGAACAGUAUACCAAGGAAAUGGUUGAUCGAGAACUAAAUAAGGUCAACUGUACCAACAUCUAUUACAAUUCUGUGAAUCUAACGUCCCACAAACAAAUUUGUAUGAAUUUU